AUGCCACUCAGGCCCGUGUCCGUGGAAGAGCCUUUUGCUCAAUGGGGCCUUGUUUUUAUCAGAAUGAUCAACCCCCCAAGUUCAACUGGACAAAAAUGGAUCCUGACUGCUACUGAUUAUUUCACUAGAUGGUCUGAAGUAGUCCCUUUGCGGAAUUCAUCUAAAAGCAAAGUGUUGGAUUUCCUAGAAGAUCUAACUUGUUGGUACUAUCCGCCAAAAACCGUUAUAUCAGAUAAUGUGCACGCAUUCACAGGCUCACGAAUCACACAAUUCACCCUCAGCAGAGGUAUUUAUCUCAAGACCUCUUCUAGCUACUACCCUCAAGGGAAUGGACUUGUCGAAUCUACGAAUAAGAACCUGAUCCAAGUUAUCAAAAGGAUAGGUUUUGAAUACAAGGAGUGGCACCACCACCUAAGAAAUGCACUAUGGGCAGACCGCAUAAUGCCCAAACAGAUUCUAAAAAACUCCCCGUACAAGCUGGUAUACGGGAAAGAUGCACUUUUUCCCUUGUCACUUGAGAUUCUGACGUUACAAUUGCUAAAAUCAAUGGAAGUUGCCGAAAACGUCCCCAUGGUCGUAAGGUUGGCAGAAAUUAUGGAACUAGAGGAAGCAAGGGAGGUAGCUUUCACAACUCUCCAAAAUAGACAGGAAGUCCUAAAAAGGUGGUUUGACAGUAAAAAGAGUUCUAAUUUGAUUUUCGCCCUUGAAGACCUUGUAUUAAAAUAUAACGAGAGGACGGUGAAACCUGGUCAGCACAACAAGUUCGACUGCCUAUGGGAGGGACCUUUCGCAUCAUAG